AUGAUAGAUCUGAGUGCAUUUAUAUUCAAGGGAUUCAUGUCAUCACGUAUCGCCUCAACACCGCCGUUAGCCGUGCCACCGUUUCAUCCGGCUCUCUACACAGUGAACCGUAAAUGGUCCCACAACGGCAAGCUAACGAUUCCGGACCUGGUACCGUCAGCAUCGUCUCGAAAUGAUGAACAGGAAACCGAUAUCGACGGUGAGGAAUGGGAUAAAGUACGUGAAAUGCUAGGGCGUAUCCUAGCCCCUCAAGUGGUUCGCGUCGGUCCUACAGAAGCCGACAUUGCCUGGCAGCAACUGGAUACCUCAGAGGCUGCCGCUCCUGGAGGUCCAUUCCCUCAAAUCGAUGCCUCCGAAUUCACCUAUCAAAUUGUGCUGUUUGAGAACCAUGGUAGAUUCGUUAGUACGUACAGGUGCGAGACGGAAACCGGUAACAAACUACGUCUAUGUCAGCUUCGUCCGAAUACCGACUACUACGUGCAGCUGAAGGCAUGCCUUGAAGAGCGCGGCUUGGUUGGCGAGCCGAGCCAACCGGUGUGCUUCAAGACUGCACCGGGUCGACCGGAAGCGCCGCUAAUGUUCCGGUGUGUUUCGCGCGGGAUCGAUCAUCUUGUUGUUGCAUGGCGACCGCCUAACGACAACGGUGCUAGCAUAUCGAACUAUACCGUGUAUAUCAGUAAG